CAAUCACUCACAGGUAGAAAUCUUGGCAGGCUGAACAUCGAAGUGCAUGCCAUGGUUGAUACAGAUAUACUGGAAGACUUCAAUUUCAAGACUUGACAAAAAAGUCAAGUUUGAGUUUCUACCGUCAUCUCUGUUGCUCAUCAAAACCAUCUGUUUAAAGAUCGCAACACUCUUACAGAGUAGGCUUGAAGAAACUAAGAGCUUCAAUCUACGUGUAUCAUUUGAAGCGUGCAGGAUAUCAAGGGAAGAUUGCAGCAUCUGAUAUUGCUGUGACUGUGUUGUGCAAACCCUCAAUUGCAUACUAAGGUGUAAGCUGUCACCGACAUGGAUAUCUCGUCUGUGGUCAAGCAGUCAACUAUCGUACACAUCUGGCUGUUUUGUAUCUUCAUAAUUAGCGCCCUCAUCGUCACUUCAAGUCAAUGUUUCACCCUGGUUAUCUGGCCGUUCAAUAGGAGCUGGUAUCGUACGAUCAAUGGGCACCUCAUCAAUCUCAUGUGGCUUCAAGUGGUCUGGUUAACAGACUACUGGUCAGGAUCCAAAGUCCAUUUCUAUGGGACCAAGAGGUUUCUGGAGAAGGUCAAGGAAAACCACUCCCUUCUGGUGGUCAAUCACAGGCAGGGUGUCGACUGGUGUGUCAUCUGGCAAAUGGCGGAAAGAUUUAAGAUGUUAAGAGGUGCCAAGUGUCUGAUGAAGAAAGAGAUCAAGUAUGUGCCUUUCUUUGGUUGGUCCUUCUGGUUGACAGAGCAACUGUUUGUCAACCGGGAUUAUGCUAAAGACAAGAACAGUCUUAUGAAACAGCUCAAGAACAUCACCACAUAUGACUUUCCUACUGUGACCCUGAUAUUUUGUGAAGGCACUCGAUUCACGGAAGAGAAAUACGAGAAGAGCCAAGCAUUUGCUCGAGAGAAGGGCCUACCAUGUCUGAAGCAUCACUUGGUCCCCAGGACUAAAGGCUUUAACCUGUGUAUAGAGGCAUACAAGGGCAAAGUACCUUUUAUAUAUGAUGCUACAAUAGCUUACCAAUACAAUGCUCAGCCCUCGAUCUAUGAUCUUAUCUGUGGGAAACAGUUUGACUUCCAUUUAUAUGUAAGAGAACUUCCACUGGAUGAAGUACCAACUGAUUCAGAAGACGCUACAGCACAAUAUUGUCAUGAUAUGUACAAACAAAAGGAUGAAGCAUAUGACUACUUUCUGCGGAACGACACAUUUGAGGGUUACGAUGCGUCGAGACCAGGACAUGUCCCUCCUCGCACACUCCUUCCACUGGUAGUGAUGUCAUCCUGGAUGGUGGUCGUCGGUAUACCGCUUAUCUAUUACGCCCUCUCCAUCCUCCUAUCUGGUUCCACACUCAUGAUCAUCAUCGUCUGUGGGGGCUCAUUCGCAGUUUUCAGAUUUUCCAAGUCCUUACUGAAAGUGACGGAUGUUACUAGGGGAUCAACGUACGGGAGCAGUAAGAGUCGAAGCAGUAAGGGGUCAGAGUUCACGCCCAAUGGAGAUCACAUCCCUUUGACUAACGGGGAUAAGAAGGAUUCAUAAUCAAGUACUUGUGCAAAAUAAAAAAUUGUUUUUAGCAAAUUUUUUAUAUUUCAAUGACGAAAUUAUAGUUUAUACAAAUUAUAUUCAAAGCAACCUAAAAUUCUAUGCACUUCGAGAUUUUAAAAAAUGGUUGUAGAUGAGGAAUAAUUUCU